CUAUCUCCAUUACUUUUGUUAUCACCAGAAACCAUGGCGGCUAGAUCGUCGUUUACAGAAGAAGAAAUGGUAGUCGACGAUGGUCUCGGCUACCCCAAAUUAUAUGCGAAGCUCUGUCGAGAUGUCCAUCUCAGUCCAUACAGUCAUGGUCCUCCCUUCACUUUCAUUCCCUAUAGUUUUCAGCAUCAAGAGGAUUUGAGAGCUAGGGAGUUAGACCAGAUGUUCCCAAUAAUUGAUCCUGAAGCUAAACCUUCCACGAAGCCUAGAAUUUAUGCCAGCCUCCUCUGGAAGCAACUCAACCAUCUCGGGAAUGCUGGGUUCGAUCCUGAAAUUUUUCGAGUAGACCCAUAUGGCAAUGUUCUGUAUUAUCAUGCUGAUUCGGCUUCUCCCCUUUCUUGGAAUAUCGAUCAUUGGUUUCCUUGCUCAAGGGGAGGACGGACUGUUCCUAGCAAUCUGAGGAUACUACAAUGGCAAGUAUGUAAAAAGAAGCACAACAAGUUGGAAUUUCUCAUUCCCUGGUGGGAUCUUCAGCUGGGUAUCUCUGUAAACCAGUUCCUUAACAUAUUUGCUUCUUCCAAUUCUGAUUUCAGGUAUAGAGCAUUCUCUUUUUUAUUCUCUGAAGGCGAGAAUGAAGAAUUAAAUGAUUCACAGACAGUACAGUCACAUAUUUUUCCAAAGCAUUUCGUUGAUACAAAGCGAAAAAUAGGCAUUGCUCCAGCUGCCAUCGUUUUAUCCAAGGGAGAAUCUUGUGAAGCAUCAUCAGCAUUAAGAUCUUUUGAUCCCAACAGACGAUUCAGGCCAAACUCCCCUGCAACUGCUUCAAGAAAAUUCUUGUCCGACAACAAUCAGCCACACUGCUACUCAAUUCAGAGAUUCAGACCGAGUAUAUCAAAGGAAAAUGAGAAUCCUGACAUCACUGCUAAUCCAUAUAUGGAAAUUGCCAUGACCAGGGAUUCCCUGAAGCAGAAGGAUGAGGCAGAAAAUAUGCAGGCAGAAAUACGAACAUUGGACGAGGAAUUGUAUGAAAUGAAGAAGAAGAAUGAAGUAGAAAGGGUUGCUCUACAAGAUUUGGAAUUGGUGCUAAUAAAGCGUAGGAGGAGAGCUGAGAAGUGUAGGCGGCUUGCAGAAGCGCAGUCCUCCUACAGAGCUAUAAUAGAGAAGAUGAUUCGGGAUGCCAUGCACCAGAGUGUUGUUUAUAAGGAACAGAUAAGAUUGAACCAAGCUGCAACUAGUUCUCUGAUGGCAAGACUCGAAGCUCAGAAAGCAAUAUGUGAUUCUUCGGAGAAGGAACUCCACAUAAAAUUCAAGCAAAGAAACGAGAUUGAGGAACAGAUCAGGCCUCAAUGGGACCAGGCAAGGAAGCGAUCGAGGAUGGAUGAUGAUACUAUAUUUUAUGAAAAAGAUGAUGAAACCCUUCUUUACUUACCUGGAAUCAGUUCCAGGAGGGAGUAUUUACAGAAGGAAUUGCGAGUGUUUCUUGACGAAGAGCAGAAGGCAUCUGAAGCAGGGUUAUCACUUAAUGAAGAGCGAAAGCAAGAAAAUGUCGAUGAGGAAAGAAAUGAACUGAUCAAAGUUAUUAAUAUAGAGAAGGUUGUGGACCAAAAUAAACCCAUUCCUGUUGUGGACGAUGAGAUACCUAUUGAGGAAAAUCUUCGAAAUUUAGAGAUUGAAGAUGAAAGGAAGGAGAACAUGGGGAUCUCUGUUCUUCGGAGCCCUGAAAUAGAGGAGGAUGAAGAAUGCAGGAAGCAACGUGGAAAGGGGAAUGUAGAGAAGUGGCUUCAAAUGCUGUUAGACAACACCGAGCAAGGACCGGCUGUGAACUCGCCUCCUCAAAAUGUGGAUGAAAACGGGAUGAGCAAGACUGAGGAAUUGAUAAGAAAGUUGAAUCUCAAGAACCCCCAGAACCAGGAGGUAAAAGUUUUGCAGUUUCCAUUAUCAGAAAACAAAACAGAUCUGAAACCAUCACUCCAGGAAGAAACUGGGGUACAAGCAGUCCAGCAGAGAGACAGUGGAAAGAGAAAAGAGAUUGUCGAGAAGGAAAAUGGUGGAAAUUUUUGUGAGAAAACCAAUGGAAGAGAAGUGGAUAAUGUAGGUAAAGACGUUGGAGGUAGCAUGAGCUUUGAAGGCAAGGAAAGAAGAGAAAAGAGUGGUAAGGAGAGGGGGCUUGUACGGAGUGAGAGUGCCAGGUCCUUCAGGCCGUUUCCAUCUUCUCCCUCUGUGAUAUUGGGAAUGAAGAAGGGAGUCGAUUGCAUGCGGAAGAAGCCGAUUGUAAUUGGGUCUGAUGAAGAUGGAGAAGAGGAACGUGCGGCAACUAACAAUUUCAUCAAAUCAUCUAUUAAGACAAUGAAGAAGGCUGUGAAGAUAUGAAAGUAAUGAAUUUGUUACUUUCCAUUAAGCAAGCAGCUGGAAAGAUGUGAAGAAGUGAAUAUAGAUUGUGUCAGAUUUUUUUAAUUGAUUUAAGAAUGGUAGCUGAUAACUUCUUUAGCUGAAUAAUUGUCUGUGAACUUAGAUGUUCUUAUCUUGUAUCUGUAAAUAAAGAUCCGUGUUGUAUUAUUUGAUUUAAGAUGUUCUUAUGAAGAUGCAUAUGUUGCAU